AUGAAACGACGCAGUCGCACAAAAGUAUGGUGGCCAAAGCUAGAAAAGGAUGUUGAAAGGUUCGUCAAGACCUGUGAUGCACGUCAGUUAGUGGGCAGACCUGACCCUCCAGAGCUUGCGGCAACUACAGAACUACCUCCAGGGCCCUGGCGUUCUGUCGCAAUUGAUUACCUGAAACCGUUACCCACAGGUGAACACAUACUAGUAGUUGUUGACUACUAUAGCAGAUAUUACGAAGUGGCUGUUGCAAGGACAGUUACAUCAGAGAAGACCAUAGAGUGUUUAGAAACCAUAUUUGCCAGACAUGGACUGCCUGAACUGCUUGUAAGUGACAAUGGGCCAAACCUUGUCUCACAGAAAUUCGAAGCGUUCCUGAAGGAGAAUGGUAUAAAGCAUCGAAGUGUAACAGCUCGAUGA